UGUAACUUCUAAUUCAAUCUUAUUUUUAGCAAGUUAGUUUUUCGCGAUACAAGUAAAAGAUGUACAGCCUGAUCGAGCGUUGCAAGGUUGAGUAAUUCACUAAUUUUAAAAUAAGCAUAUUACAAAUGCUUACGUUGCUGUAAAAACUGUCAUCAACGGUAGAAGAGUUCUUGAUUCCGUGCAUGAAAUAAAUGUAUUUGAAAUGGCGGCAGUACUGAAAUCCUGUUGUAUAAAUAUUCCUCAACGAUGGGUCAUUGUAACGAUGGGUUUUUUAGGAUUAUUCAGUGCAUAUCACAUGCGAAUAUGCUUAUCUAUAGCCAUUACAGAAAUGGUCGAGUCAACGGAAAAAACCUUGGAAUUAAAAGGAGAAACGUGUCCUGGUCUUAAUAAUUCAAUUAAUUCAGAGGGAAAAAAUGAUAUUGCUCGUACAACUCGUUUGUUUGAUUGGGAUGAAUAUACUCAGGGUAUAAUACUGUCCUCCUUCUACUGGGGCUACCUCUUCACCAAUCUCCCCGGCGGAGUGAUAGCCGAGCGCUUCGGCGGCCGUCACACCCUCGGCCUCGGCAUCCUGUCGACCUCGCUGCUCACCCUGGCGACGCCUCUCGUCGUCCGUCACGGCGGCCUCCGGGGCCUGAUCGCGCUGCGAGUGCUCAUGGGCGUGGGCGAGGGCCCGACCUAUCCCGCCCUCACCGCUCUGCUCUCCCAAUGGAUUCCGGAGGACGAGCGAUCCAAGGCAUCCGCCCUGACCUUCUCGGGCGCCUAUCUCGGCACGAUCUUCGGCAUGUCGGCCUCGGGAAUCAUCCUGAAGUACACCAGCGACUGGGAGGUGGUUUUUUACUUCUACGGUGUGAUGGGCUUGGUGGCGUUUUUGCUAAACGCAGCGUUCUGCUACAGCAGGCCGGACGAGCAUCCGUUCAUAUCCGAACGGGAGGCGAAGUAUUUGAAAGAAAAAUUGACGAACAACCACGCGAAUUCCAAAUCUAUACCGUGGCGCGCGAUACUGAGAUCCAAGCCCGUGUGGGCGCUGAUGAUAGCGACGAUCGGCAACGCCUGGGGCUUCAUCACGAUAGUCAGCGACAUGCCCAAGUACCUCGGCGGCGUGCUCAAGUUCUCCAUCGAGAGCAACGGCUAUCUGUCGUCGCUGCCCUACCUCUGCAAGUGGAUCGUGGGCAUCGUGGCGUCCAGCUUCGCCGACCACCUCGUCGCCCGGGGCCGCCUGAGCAUCGGCCAAGUACGCAAGAUCGGCAGCGCCGUGGCCGCCUUCGGUCCGGGCGUCUUCAUGGUCGCCGUCUCGUACGCCGGCUGCGACAAGAUCCUGGCCGUGAGCUUUCUCACGCUGGGCCAGAGUCUGCUGGGCUGCGCGACCUUCAGCGUGCUCGCCAACGCCCUCGACCUCGGGCCGAAUUACGCCGGCACGAUAAUGGGCCUGGUCAACGGCAUCUCGACGCUCAGCGGCAUCUUCUCGCCGUACCUGGUCGGCCUGCUGACGCCCAACUCGACGGUCGACGAGUGGCGCUCGGUCUUCUGGAUCGUCUUUCUCAUGUUCGCCGUCACGGAGGUGGUGUUCUUGAUCUGGGGAAGCGGCGAGCUUCAAGAGUGGAACGAUCCCGACUUCCUCGCCGACAAAGAAAGAGAAAGAGAGAAAGACGUCGUCGAAGGCGUACAAUUGUUGCAAAAGAAUAUCUAGACUUAAUUUCUGUUUGAUACGCGAUAUCUUAUUUAUUUGCGCGAGGUUCAAAUACAACAUAAUAAUUUCGGCACAGUAUUUAUUGAAAUUUAAAAAACAUUUAUCUCAAGCAAAAUCUUUGCGACCUUCGUGGAUU